GUUCGCUAGAACUAAGAUUGUACAAGAGACAUCCAAUCAGCCAAGAGAACCAGAGACGGAGACAGAGAGAGUGAGAAAAGGGAAGCCCGAACCUCCUGUUGCAGUUGGCCGUCUGUCUGAGAAAGGAAAAGAACUGCUGUGCACAGUUUUUAUUUGAAGGUCAUGUUGCCCCAGUGUGAGAGAGCACGGAGUAAAAGUGGUCGUCCAGAAGGGCCGUAUCGGGCGGUAGAAAGUGCAGAUGCUCUCGCUACACAGGACUUUGAAGGCGUGGACACGCUGGACAAACUUUUUGCACAUGCUGUGAAGAGAUUUAGCAAUGCACCUUGUCUUGGCACCAGAGAGGUCCUAAGUGAAGAAGAAGAAAAACAACCAAAUGGGAAGAUCUUUAAGAAGUUGGUCCAGGGGGACUACAGCUGGAUGACCUAUGAAGAGGUCAACCAAGCAGUGGAUUCUUUUGGCAGUGGUCUGGCAGCUUUGGGACAGCAACCACGCAAUACCAUUGCCAUCUUUUGUGAGACACGGGCAGAAUGGAUGAUCACAGCACAGACCUGCUUCAGACGCAACUUCCCAUUGGUAACGCUGUAUGCAACUCUGGGUGAAGAUGCUGUAGCCUUUGGGCUGAAUCAGUGUGGAGCCACUCAUCUCAUCACCAGCACAGAGCUGCUGCGGACCAAACUUAAGAACGUUUUGAGUGCAGUUUCAGCGCUGCAGCAUGUUAUCUAUGCAGGCAGCGGUGAAGUUUGUCAUGCUGAUUACCCACAGUCUCUCACCAUGCACAGCAUGCAGGAAGUAAUUGAGCUUGGAGCAAAGCCAGAGAACUUAAGCAAAGAGUAUGAGAAGCCUACGGCAACUGAUCUGGCGGUGGUGAUGUACACCAGCGGGUCUACAGGGAAGCCUAAAGGAGUGAAGAUGCAACACAGUAAUCUGAUUGCAGGAAUGGCUGGGCAGUGCCAGCGGAUCCCGGACUUGGGGUCCCAGGACUCUUAUAUAGCUUACCUCCCACUGGCACAUGUUCUGGAGCUGACAGCAGAAAUAUCAUGUGUGUCAUAUGGCUGCAGGCUUGGAUACUCCUCCCCACACACACUCACAGACCAGUCCAGUAAAAUAAAGAUGGGUGGUAAGGGAGAUUGCUCUGUGCUUAAACCCACCCUGAUAGCGGCAGUACCGGAGAUCAUGGAUCGUAUCUGUAAGAAUGUUAAUGGGAAGUUAAGAGACAUGUCAGUGAUUCAAAGGACUCUGUUUAAAGUGGGAUACAACUAUAAGCUGCAGAAGGUCUCACAAGGAGCCGAUUCUCCAGUGUGUAACAUGUUGUUUUUCAAGCGUGUGAAUUUGUUGCUGGGAGGGUGUGUACGUCUGAUGUUGAGCGGAGGGGCUCCACUUUCUGCUUCCACGCAGAGAUUUAUGAACGUGUGUUUCUGCCCUAUCGCCGUGGGUUAUGGCCUUACAGAGACGUGCGGAGCGGGAACUAUCUCAGAAUUUUCUGAUUACAGUACAGGACGGGUUGGAGCUCCCCUCAUUUGCUCUGAAAUUAAACUGCGAGACUGGCCUGAGGGUGGAUACACCAGUCAGGACAAGCCACACCCACGAGGGGAGAUUCUGAUUGGUGGACCGAAUGUUGCCAUGGGAUACUUUGGGAGUGAGGGGGAGGGAGAAAAUGACAACUUCUGGGUGGAUGAGGCAGGGCAGCGCUGGUUUUGUACUGGAGAUGUCGGGGAAGUUCAUCCAGACGGUUGUUUGCAGAUUGUGGAUCGCAAGAAGGACCUGGUAAAGCUGCAGGCAGGUGAAUACGUAUCUUUGGGGAAGGUAGAAUCUGCCCUGAAAAACAGCCCCCUCAUUGAUAACAUUUGCGUCUAUGCCAGCAGUGAUCAGAACUACUUGAUCAGCUUUGUGGUGCCCAAUCAGAAGCAAAUGACUGAACUGGCAAAAAAGAACGGGAUAGAGGGUGAGUGGGAGGAGAUUUGUAACCACACCAAGAUGGAGGAGGAAGUACUAAAAGUCAUCAAAGAGAUCGCAGUCACGAGUAAACUGGAAAGGUUUGAAGUUCCACAGAAGAUCUGUUUAAGUUCUGAGGCUUGGACUCCAGAAACAGGGCUGGUGACGGAUGCCUUCAAACUAAAGAGGAAAGAGCUGAAAAAUCAUUAUAAAAAAGACAUUGAGAGGUUAUAUGGAGCUAAAUGAUGGACAACUAAUCAUAAUUAUAAUCAUAAUCAUAGUAUUGCAUCAAAAUGCAGUUUUACUAUGAUCCUGUCUCACUCCAUACACUAGACAUGAAAAGUCUGCCGAUUGGGAUUCAUGCACAUGUAAAGUCACUGCCAGUCCUGCUGAUCUCAGUAGAAACACCAUUCUUCUCCCUGCUGGAUGUAAAUGGUCAUUACUUCCUCUGUGAGUAAGUACUGCGAGGCAUAGAUUUAUUUAAUGGCAGUAAAAGAUGUAUGCAUUGCUGUUAUAUUAUUUUAUAGAAUUUUUUUUUUUACUUAAAAAGUGCAUUAAAGCAUAUCUAUGUCAAAUUGUUUUUAAAUGUUCAAAAAUUGCCACCUUUACUUGAAAGCAUUUUGGGGUGCAUUUGGUAAAUGUCAAAAUGUUAGUUGCUUGUUGUUUUUGUUCGUUUGCUUGAUUGUUUGUUAGAGUCCAUUAAACAAAAACUGAUGCAGCUGCACCCAGCUUUCUGAUUUCUGAUGGCAAGAGUGGUAAGAGCCACACAAGACCGGCAGAAAUAAAGGUGCAAACUGUCUAAAGGAAUAUAAUGUGGGAUGAGUUUAUGUUUACAUUUGUAUGGGAAAUGAUUUUAUGUACACCAUAUGAUUUUAGGUACGACAUAAAAGGGAAGAUUCUUUUUAAUGGUGUUUGUACAUUUUCAACUUUGCUCAGGUGCUCAUACACAGAUGAAUGGGUUAAAGGCAAUACAUAAUGUGUAAAGUGCAUUGGAAAUGAAACAGAAAAAUACAUAUUUUUCCUGUUAUUCUAUAUAUUAUACUACAUAGUUUUAUUUCAAAAGCUAUAGCACCAUUCCUCAGCAUAAACUGUUUUCAACGUACAUUUAGCCCAUUGUUUGCAUAAACAUAACAAACAUGCUAUUAUUGUUUUUCUGUUUGUUUGAUUUUUAUGUCUGCUUUUUUCUUUUUUUUUUUUUUUUUUUUUUUUUACUUGUAUUUACUUCUAUACCUGUGAACUAUUUUUUUCGGACUCUAUAUUGUAAUAUCACAAAUUUUCUUUAUAAACAAAUUAUUUUUCCUUCUCUGUCCACCUUCAUUUCACAGAUGUUGACUCUUCUCGCACUUUCUUGACUGAAUGCACAUUUCAGCUGUAUUAAAAAAUGCCCAAUUACAA